AUGCUUAGCCAAGGAGUUGGUGCAGUCUUGAUGACAAUGCGAGUCUACGCAUUAUACAACCAAAAUCGCCGAUUACUUUGCGCGUUAUUAUUGAUUGCAAUGGCACUUAUAGCAGAAGCCUGUUGGGGCAUUCUUUCAACGGCUCCUGUUACUCUUCCUCCGACAUCUAUGCCAGCAAUAGGGUGUGAUGACCCCCUUUCGCCACAACAAGAUGUUCGUCUAGCGGGAUCAUGGAGCAGUCAGCUGGCCUUUGAUAGUCUAAUCUUCUGCCUGACUCUUUGGAAGACCUGGCGUAUCGGGUCAGUCGGUGGGCGCCCUCUGGUCACCAUUUUGCUACGUGAUGUCAACGGCACAAGGUCGGGCUUCAAGGACGACAGCUUACCACCGGUUACCUCGGUUUUCUCCAUGGAGGCUCCCUUGUCAGAAAUCGAUUCGUAUUUACUAUCUACUAGAUAUACAACGCGUACAAGUGGGGUCACAGGGGACAUCGGCACCAUGGAUAACACCCCAGAGACUUCUCGCCUAUGUCGACACUAG